ACUGCCCCUCCUCCCACUCAUAGUCAUUAUUGUCUUAUAUAUUCAUCUCUCUGUUUUAUUUAGAAGGAGAGAAUAUAUAUAUAAGAAAAAAAAUCAAACAUGAUAAGGUAAAGUCCAAACUAAACAAGUUGUUCCAGGAUAAGGUGCAGAUUCAGGAGUGCAAAAGGCAAGAAAGAAGUAAAAAUGGCAUUAAUUCAACUACAAUCCUCCAUUUUAAAGUACAACAAACACCUUCAAUUCCCAUCCUUUUCCACUUUCUCUCAUCAACGCUCAACAAUUCUGAGAAUCAAGGCAGUUUCCCUCAACGCCCAGCAGCUAAUACAGUCCGGUAAAGUCCGUCCCAUAUUACCCAAAGAAGCAGGUACAGCGAUGGAAGGGGAAGGAUAUAUUUUGCUCGACAUUAGGCCAGAAUGGGAGAGAGAGAAGGCGUGUGUUUCGGGUUCAUUACAUGUGCCCCUUUUUUUGAAGGAUAUGGAUAAUAGUCCUAUUACUUUGUUGAAGAAGUGGGUGCAUUUUGGUUAUAUUGGGCUGUGGACUGGACAGAAUUUUACCACGAUCAAUGAUCAAUUUGUUAAGCAAGUUGAGCAGAAAAUUCCUGAUAAGGAUAAUGCUAAGGUCCUCGUGGCUUGUGGUGAAGGACUAAGGUCUUCGAUGGCUAUUUCAAAGUUACAUGAAGGAGAAUACAGGAAUUUGGCAUGGUUAGCGGGUGGAUUUAACCGUUCUUCUGAUAGCGAUUUUCCAGCAGUAGAAGGGACUGAAAAGUUACAAUAUGCCACUAUAGGAGGUGUGUCAUAUUACUUCCUUCAAUUGCUUAUACUACUACAAGCUGUGGGGAAGGAAACUUGAUAGAAUUGGCCAUGAUGGUGUUGUUAUCUUUAGGAGAUAUUGUAAUAUUGACUAAGCAGUUGAAGCUUAGGCCAAUAAGAAUUGAAGUGUUUCCUCCUUUUGUAUAACAACACAAGAUUGUUUGGUCCUCCCAAUCCAUUUAUUCAACUACUAACUCCUUUUCAA